UCAGAGAACCAAUUGAGUGAGCGGGAGUGAGAGUACUGGAAGUAUAAGAGGCAGCAAUGCCCACCCUUGGGGGAAAAAUGAACUGGUUCUUUUCGUUUCCCUUUUACCAAAAGGGCACUGUCGGUCGUGAAAGCUGGAGUCUUUCGCUUUUCUUUUGUUUGCUCUUGCCCGAGGCAAUGGGUGGGACACCGUAACGAGUGGAACGCUGAGCAGGGAGUGCUACAGUUGGACGGAGGAGACGACGACAAACAUGAGGCAGGAGGCCGGUGUUCUUGGGAAUGCGUCAGAUGCUGUGGGCAUCGCUCUUCUCUUGAAGCACGGAGUGAUUGAGCCGCGAGGCUUUACGACAGAGUCGACGGACGGGAGUCGGUGUACGGCAGACCAUUGGACGGGCUGCUACCGCGCAGGAUGCGACACACAUCAGGGCGACAAGGAGGAGCACCGCUACUACCCCACGCGGAAGUGGGCAAAGGCCAUUGAGCCUGAGCAGCUGGUCCCUUUUCUCGAUGCGUGCCCGGAGAGGCAGCAGCCCUGCGAAGGGCGGGGUGGAAUCGAUGCAGGCGUCGUCGUGGCACGUCAGUCAUCCCUGGAGGAUGCCCACUUUGUAGGUGUUGUGGAACAGGUUGUCGUACGCGAGAGCGGGUUCGGUGGCAACCAGGUCCCGGAGGGACAGGGCGGGGGACGCCUCAUCCUGUGUGAACAGUUGGUGUUUGACGGAGUCAGUUGUGUUUUGCUGGCACGCUCAGUGCACUACAGCCUGGGGCUGGUCUCCGUGGAAGGCGCGGGGUUGAGUGGUGUCACUCUCUCUGGGAAGAAGUAUGCGGUGGAGCAUAGCCGCAACGUGGCUGACGGAAGUCUGGUCUAGGAAAGCACUAGUGAGCCCGAACAGAGAGAGGGAGCGUGAGCGGCACGACGGAGUCGAUUCUGUUUUGGUUUUGGUCAAACGUGGAGUUUGUCGGCAGAGUAGCCAAGGGCGGCUUCUCGAUGGAAUCGGAAAAGUGUAGUUGGUCGGGAAGACCUGGCCGGAGGGGAGCCGACGGCAAGGAGUAAGUGGGAUGGAAUACCCACCAUGUAAUGAAUAUGUGAAUGUGAUAGAUUAAAUGAACCAAUCGAUGGUGUCGCCCCUUGAUCGGUGUUGAUGUGACCAUAUUUUUCUCCGACCUCUUGUAUGCUAAAGCACAAACGAUGUCUCCCUCUAUUCUUUAAGAACGUUAUCGCCC